AUGUUUAAGUCUGUCUUGUCCCUUGGCUGGUUCUCCAAGGCCUCCUCCUCGUCAGGCCCUUUGAAGUCAAGUGAAGUGAACACCUCCUUCACCAUGCCCGACAGAGACUCGUCGCAGGUUUACCACGUGUCGAUGAACGACGACGCCGAGGAUUUUGUCGACAUUGCCUACCGCAAGUUGUCUUAUGCCGAGGUUGCCUCCAUUGGCAGACAUAGGCAGCAGACCUCCCAGGUGCCUCGGUGCCGGGCCUCCUCUCGCAUGAGCCACAACCAAUACACGGUCUUAUCGGUGUCUGACGACGACGACGAUAUGGCCGAGUCCGUAUACUCGGAGAAGUUUAAAAUUAAUAACUACUUCAGCAAAAAUAAGGUAUUUAAGGAAGCCGAUAAGCUGAAGGCUGCACGCAGCAAGCAGAAGAAGAUCCAGAGCCACAGGUCUGGCUGA